GGUUCAUUCAGAAAAAGAAAUAUAUAUAUAUACUGGAUAUAGAGGUAGACGUGUGUUGAACUGUGAACUCUGAAACUGAGAUUCACAUGUUCAGAGUUCACCAGCUAUGUUGGAGUGACAGUUUUCAUAAAUUGGUAUGUUGGACAAUUGGGGACUUGCUGUUAACUUUCAUGUAGCACUAGUACCCAAAUUUGGUAGACCAAUAAAUUACUGAAAUUGUGAAGCAAGAGCUGAAAUUCUGUUUAGUUGAAUGCUCUGAGUCUGGCUCGUAACUUGGGAACGUGUUCUUCAAAUGUAGAUAUGACAAUCAUACAGUUGUCAUAGGUUGAUAAUCUUUUUUUGCCGGGCAACCACUGACCAAUUUCAUUAAGAUUUGGGGGGCAUAGGUUGAUAAUCCUUACAAUUUACCCAGAAGUGAUUUGAUCUAGAAGGCUAGAAUCUGAAUCUGCUUCAGUGAACAACUUUUACCAUCAAGUUCUUGAAACGUGAUUGUGCUUUCUUAUACAAAUUAACUGUGUCUUACAUUUACUCACUGAAGUAAGUAUGCCAACUUGCUGUUUAUAUGCUCUAUAUAUUAGGAUUAUCAACCUAUGACAACUGUAUGAUUGUGGUUAGUUGAUGGAGUAUGAAGCAUUAUUGUUCUGUCAUUGUUUUUGUCGAGUUAUUAUUAUUACUUAUUGCAUAUCUAUGUGCUUUGUGGUUGUAAACUUGUAACUAUAGGUUAAUCCAGUUGAUAUACUGGUACAGACAUAGUGCAUCUGUUUUCUUAUCAUAAUAGACAGGUUGGUGUGCCUGGCCUGACCAUCAAAUUGUGAACUGUGAUGCUUGGAUUCGCAUGUUCACCAUCGAAGUAGUCUUGACAGUUUUCAUAAAUUUAUCUGUUGGACUAUUGUUGUCUUAUUGUGAAUUUUGAUGCAAUCACUAGUACCCAUUUCCCUGAUUCCGUCAACCAAUAAAUUAUUACUGAACUUGAUGAAACUGUAGUUAAAAUACUUGAGUUGAAUGCUCUGAGUUUCUGACUGAUAUUUUGGGCAUAUGAUUGCCCUUGUACUAAAAAUGUAGAUCUUACAAUGGAAAACGACUGCCCCUAUACUAAAAAUGUAGAUCUUACAAUGGAAAGGGACUUCCCUUAUUCUAAAAAUGAAAAGAACAUGGUGUAUCUCAUGCAGUUUGUCAUAUGCAGAUAGAUCUUACAGGUCGCCAAGAAGUGACUUGAUCUUAGAAGGCUGAAAUCUGAAUCUGGUCCAGUAAACAACCUUAAUUAUCAAGUUUUGGAGGCGAUGAAUGUGCUUUCUGAUACACAUUUUUAUUAUCAAGUUUUGGAGGCGAUGAAUGUGCUAUCUGAUACAAAUUAAAUGCGGUUACAUUUACUUAGGAUGUCUGAUGUAAGUUUGUCUCAUUGCUGUUGAUAUGCUCCUCUGUAAAGGUAGCCAACAAAUAUAGUUAUCUCCAGAACUGCGCGUGUUCAGUUUGUUUUCUGGAGUAUGAAGCAAUUUUGUUCUAUUAAUCUUUCUGUCGAGUUAUGAUUACUUAUUGCAUAGCUGAGCUAUGUGGUUUGGUUUAUGCUUAUAUUUGUAUGUUAACUCAGUUGAUAUACCAGCACAGUGCACAUUCAUCUUUUUUGUAAUAGAUGAGUGUGUUGAACUGUCCAAGUGUGAACUGUAAAGGUAGGAUUCACAUCUUCACCAUCAAAGUAGGAGUGACCGUUUACAAAAAAAAAAAAUUUCUGUUGAACUAUUGAGGUUUUAGUGUGAACUUUCAUGCUUUCAUGUAAUCACUAGUUCCCAAAUUUCAGUAACCAAUAAAUUACUGAACUUUAUGAAACCAUAGCUGAAUUUCAGUUGAGUUGAAUGCUCCUUAGAGGCGUGUGAGUUAUGAAACCUUCUAUGAGAGUUCCUUGUGAGUUCUUAGAGGCGUCACUUGAUAGUGACCGCCUCCUUUCUGUUUCUUUUUCUUUCUCCUUUGAGGGGUUAGCUGCGGCUAGCACCUCGCUCGACUGUCUAAAGUCAAUCUUUGUAAACUCUUGUUUCGCUCUCUUUCUUCUUAAUACAAUUUGGGCGACCUCCUUUGGCUGUCCCGGCUAAAAAAAAAAGUUGAGUUGAAUGCUCCGAGUUUCUGACUGAUAAUUUAAGCAUGUGUUCCUUCAAAUGUAUUCUUACAAUGGAGUAGGAUUGCCCUUAUACUAAAACGAAAAGAAAAGUGUGGAUAUUAUGCCUUUUGUCAUAGGCAGAUAAGCAUUGCAGUUUGCCAUGAAGCGACUCUACGAAUUGGAAUUUAGUUAGGUCAAUAUGCCAAUAGCUACAUAUUGGUCCUGUGUUGUGUGAGAGUGCUUCUUUUGAUUACUGGAACAAGCUAGAACAACUUAAAAUUGUUCAUUGAAUUAGAAUAGUUUUCUUCUGAAAUGGCAACUAGUGAGGUCAAUGAUGUUUACAUUUACAUGCUUUAUAAUACUAUCUAGCAAGUAGCAAAUAACUUUUGUUAGCUGCACUUACUGAAUGCAAUUUACUACUCCCUCCAUUUCAUAUUAUAAGACUUCCUAGCAUUGUCCAUAUUCAUAUAGAUGUUAAUGAAUCUAAACACAUAUAUAUGUCUAGAUUCAUUAACAUAUAUAUGAAUGUGGGCAAUGCUAGAAAAUCUUUUAAUAUGAAACAGAUGAAGUAGUAUCCACUGAAUUGACAUAUUGCCAUCUCAAUCUACUUGUGAGAGUUCUAUGUAUGGCGAGCUACCCAACAAUUUUGAGUUGUAGGGAUAUCGUUUUAUCCUGACGAACUCAGCAAAAUCAUCAGCUCAGCAAAAAGCUUAAAUGGAGGGAUAACUGAUGGAAAUGGAUAAGCAUGUAUUGAAGGAUCUGGUUCUAUUCUCACAUGGUAAAGCAAUGAUGGAGUUCAUAGAGCUGGAGCUCUUCUUCAUCCAUGGCUUCUGCCGUUGCUCCUGACAUCUGGCACUGGACCAGAAGCCUCCCCAACCCCAAGCACUGGAGGGGAAAAUCCUACUAUCUUCAAAUCUGCAACUCUCCAUCAACAAACCAGUCUCUGAACCUCAUCAUCAGCUGGCACUCUGAAACCCAAUCCUUCAAUCUGUCUUACUCCAUCUGUGCUGAACACCAUGAUCCAGUCUCACUCUGGAGCUCCCAUUAUUCCAGAUUGAAAUCUGUUAAUGGCUCAGAUUUUGCCAUCCAUUUCUUCCACGAUAUCAUCUGCGGGGUCCUCAGGUAUGGCCCUUACUCCAACAAGAUGUCACCCUUCAGGCUGCCAAAUGUUCAGGUAUCUGAAGAUACAGGCAAAAUCUUCAACCUGGCAGCACUCACUCUUGCACUCAUGGUCUGCAUCUACGAAGCUCCGUCCACCCUCCGACGAGACCUCAUCGGCACGGUCAGUGCGCAGCUGAUACGCGGCGACAUGUGGGGUGCUGCGAAGAAGCUGAUGCUUGCCAUGGGGUCAGACAUGGAGGAGCAGUGGAUGCGGUCACUGAACCUCGCCGUCACCAACUGGAUCAUAGAGACUCGCCGGUCAGGUGGCACGCCGGUGUCGCCUUUCACGGUCUUCUCCUACGCUGUCUCGGCGAUCAGGCUGUGGAAGGUGGAGCUGUACUGCCCAGUGGUCGCCAUGAUCAUGGAGCACCCGGCUCAUCAGACGAAAGAUGAGAAGCUGCAGUUCUCGCUGAACUACCAGCAUCUGGAGGCCGUGAUCCAGUUCAUCUACAGAGUCACCUUCAGGGAGAACUGGAUCGACGUCACCGUCAACGUCGACAACAUAAGGUGCGACCUGAUCCAGCUGGUGUCGGAGACGCUGAUGGCGAAGCAGGGCUACGGCUCCGACGAGAAGCACUUCCCGUCGCGGAUAUCACUGCAGCUGACGCCGCUGGUGCAGACGGACAUCCUCUCCCUGACAGUGAGCCGGUCGACGGACAACCCCGCCCAGGAGGUCGACACAGAGAUGGGCCUCGACGCGACGCUCAGCGCAGCACCGGCGACCAUCGGCAUCACCAUGUCGGCGCACGAGACGGUGACGAGGACACUCCGGCCAUGGAAGUUCGAGCACUCGGUGCACGGCAACACGGCGGCGCUGAACUGGUUCCUGCACGGCGGCGCGGAGGGCAGGGAGGUGUUCUCCAGCGAGCCGCACAAGCGGGAGCUGCUCCAGCCGCGGUCAUGGUUCAGGAACCGGUACACCAACCCGGGCAGGCCGUUCACCAGGGGCGGCGGCGUGAUCUUCGCCGGCGAUGAGUACGGCGAGAGCGUUUGCUGGAGGAUGCCCGCCGCGGCGGCGGGCAAGACGGUGGAGUGGGAGAUGAAGGGGAGGAUAUGGGUGACGUACUGGCCAAACAAGAAGAGGACGCUGCAUGUUGAGACCAGGAGGGUCGAGUUCAGAGAGCUACUGCGUCUCACCAUCAGAGAGUAGACCAAUUUGUCAUCAUCUGGUUUCAUAUUUGAAAAUUGUUUUAAUUUUUUUUAAUGAUUACUUAAUCAAGACUCUGAGAAUGUCUGCUUCUGUUAUGGAAUUCAAAAUUAUGUUGGGCAUUACCCGUAACCCUUGUGCAGGCGCAAACAUAUGGAGAGACUGAAGAUUGGUCACUUGUAGUUGUAGUACCUAUUUUUUUUUUUCGUUCUUUUUUUUUUUGGGUCGAAAACCAGGAGUUGUUUUACCUGUUAUGAAGAUUUCAGAGUUUUAGAAUUCAAAAGUUCCUGACGUGUAAGUAUUUGUCAUGCCAUUUGAAAAUCUCUAGUUUGAAGUUUAACUCUUUCCCUUGGAAAGCUUCUGUAACUUUUGAACCAGAGUUUGGAGCUGUAUAUUGGGAGCUCUUGAGGUAUGAACCAGACAUUUACAUGA